AUGAGAGGCAGUGCAAUCGUUGCCACAAUGUUAUUGUUGUGCAUAAUGCUGCCUUGUUGUGAGAUUAGUUAUGCGACCAACUACACCGUUGGAGAUGAUGAUGGUUGGAACUUUAAGGUCCAUGACUGGCCUACUGGCAAGAAAUUAUUCCACUCUCACGAUACAUUGGUGUUCAAAUACAAUAAUGGACAGCACAAUGUGGCGGUGGUAGAUGAAAAUGGUUACACAACAUGCACAAUAAGCGACCAAGUUUUCUCAUCAGGAAAUGAUGAAAUCAAACUUCAACAUGGACAAAACUACUUCAUCUGUGGCUUUCCUGGUCACUGUGCUGCUGGGAUGAAGAUGGCAGUAACUGCCACAUAAUCAAAUUGACCUACCUUGGUGUUUACUU